AUGCAGGCGAUUUCCACGACGCCAAGCGAGACGACUGUGCAGACGCUGGAGCGCAUCGGCGCGCACUCGCAUGUGCGCGGCCUGGGCCUCGACGAGCGCCUGGAAGCGCGUGACAGUGGCGAGGGCAUGGUCGGCCAGCACGCCGCCCGCAAGGCCGCUGGCACCAUUGUCAAGAUUGUGCAGGCGGGUCGCAUUGCGGGCCGUGCUGUGCUGAUUGCCGGCCCUCCCGGCACUGGCAAGACGGCAAUUGCGAUGGGCAUGGCGCAGAUGCUGGGCCCCGAUGUUCCUUUCACGACGCUCUCUGCGUCGGAAGUCUUUUCGAAGGAGAUGAGCAAGACCGAGGCGCUGAUGCAGGCCUUUCGCCGCUCGAUCGGCGUGCGCAUGAAGGAAGAGGCGGAGAUCAUCGAGGGUGAGGUCGUCGAGAUCCAGAUCGACCGCAGCCUCACCGGUGCGACCAAGACCGGCAAGAUCGUCAUGAAGACGACCGACAUGGAGACGGUCUACGACCUCGGCACCAAGAUGAUCGACUCGCUGCAGCGCGAAAAGGUGACCGCCGGCGACGUGAUCACCAUUGAGAAGUCGAGCGGCCGCAUCUCCAAGCUCGGCCGCAGUUUUGCGCGCUCGCGCGACUACGACGCGAUCGGCUCCGACACGCGCUUUGUGCAGUGCCCCGAGGGCGAGCUGCAGCGCCGCCGCGAGGUGGUGCACCCCCUUACGCUGCACGAGAUCGACGUGAUCAACUCGCGUACGCAGGGCUUCCUUGCACUCUUUGCGGGUGACACGGGCGAGAUCAAGCCCGAGCUCCGCGACCAGAUCAACGCCAAGUUUAGCGAGUGGCGCGAGGAGGGCAAGGCUGAGAUCAUCCCGGGUGUCUUGUUUAUCGACGAAGUGCACAUGCUGGACAUCGAGUGCUUCUCGUUCCUGAACCGUGCGCUUGAGUCGGAGCUUGCGCCGCUCGUCGUCAUGGCAUCGAACCGCGGCGUGACACGCAUCCGCGGUACGAGCUUCACCUCGCCGCACGGUCUGCCGAUCGACCUGCUGGACCGCAUCCUGAUCAUUAGCACCAAGCCCUAUACCGAGGCCGAGGUCCGCGAGAUUCUCUCGAUCCGUGCCCAGGAGGAGGAGGUCGCGAUCAAGGCCGAGGCGCUCGAUGUGCUCUCACGCAUGGCGAUGGAGACGUCGCUGCGCUAUACGAUCAACCUCAUUACGCUCGCCUACCUCGCCUCGAAGCGGCGAAAGGCCGACGAGGUGGACGUCGCAGACGUCCGCCGUGUCUACAACCUCUUUGUCGACGAAAAGCGCAGCGUGCAGUACCUCCAGGAGCACGCCGCCGAGUUCCUCUCGGAGUCCACGCCGGUCGCGUAG